GCGUAGCUCAUGAGUGGUAGUGGCUCAGCUCCUUCUGCGUAUCGCGAUGAUCCAAAUUUCAGAGAUGGAAGUAUGUUGUUGACUUAUGAUGUUGAAAACAUGCUGAUAGCAUUUAUGGCUGUCAUGACUGGAUUUCUAAUACUCGCUAUAGUCAUCAUCUUUAUCAUACGUGUACACUACAGAGCAAAAGCUGAUGAGCUGAUACACGAUUUGGAAAUUCAGCAUCAAACGAAGGCAUCCAGAUACAAAUCUCCGUUUGCAAGCCAACUUAAAAAACUUGAGCCAGAUAGCGAUGAAUAUAUCCCGGCAGCAAAAGUCCAUGAUGAAGACCAAUGCCUCUACUGGAAGGGCGAACAGAUAGCUGCGAUACUGCACCAUGCUGCUUUGGCCCCGAUAAUGCCACCACCUGACACUCCAGAGGACAACGUUCGCAUUUCGAAUGUCAACAAUAUUGCAGUAAAAUGAGCUACGGUGCAAAAUGUGCAGAGGAAAUGCUUUGCAGUGAU